CACGUGGAUGGUGUGGCAGCAUGGCGGGAGCCGAAGCCCCCCAGCCGCAGAAGCGCUACUACCGCCAGCGCGCCCACUCCAACCCCAUGGCGGACCACACGCUGCGCUAGUGAGCUAGUCGGGCGGGAUCCGGGAGCGCGGGCGGGCGCGUCGAGCAGCCUGGGAAGGCAGCUAGGACUGGAGGUGGACCUGGAGGUCCAUGCGGAUGACACCCCUGUGAAGCCAGAGGAGAUGGACUGGUCUGAGCUCUACCCAGAGUUCUUUGCUCCGCUUACUCAAAAUAAGAGCCAUGGUGACCCAAAGGAUGAGAAAGAAAAGCAAUCUGGGGCUCAAGUGGAGUUUGCAGACAUAGGCUGCGGCUAUGGUGGUUUGUUAGUGGCACUGUCGCCAAUCUUCCCAGAUACCCUGAUUCUGGGUCUGGAGAUUCGGGUGAAGGUGUCGGACUACGUACAGGACAGAAUUCGAGCUCUGCGCGCAGCUCCUGGGGGCGGAUUCCAGAACAUCGCCUGUCUUCGCAGCAACGCCAUGAAGCACCUUCCUAACUUCUUCCACAAGGGCCAGCUGUCGAAGAUGUUCUUCCUGUUUCCUGACCCACAUUUCAAGCGAACGAAGCAUAAAUGGCGAAUCAUCAGCCCCACACUUCUGGCAGAAUACGCCUACGUGCUGAGAGUUGGGGGCCUGGUAUACACCAUCACCGACGUGCCGGAGCUGCACCAAUGGAUGUGCACCCAUUUUGAAGAGCACCCACUGUUUGAGCGUGUGCCUCUGGAGGAGCUAAGUGAAGACCCCAUUGUGGGACACCUAGGCACUUCAACUGAGGAAGGAAAGAAAGUUUUACGCAAUGGAGGAAAGAAUUUCCCAGCCAUCUUCCGAAGAAUGCAGGAUCCCAUCCUUCAGGCAGUGACCCCCAGUCCAGCCCUGCCCGACCACUGACUUCUCACCCUGCCUUAGCCAGACCCUGUCUUCUAGUGAUUGGACAAAAGAUGAGCUCCCCGUUCCGGGCCUUUCCAGACUGGUGGGACUGCAAGAGGUUGGGGUGCAGGCUGUGUUCUUGCUUAUCACAGACUCCCCCACUGUCAGAAGAAAGCAAACAAAGUUGACCGAGAAGGUCAAACACCUUGGACCAGAGCAGACAUUUGGAGGGUGUGGGCAUUUUGUGCCUCAGUGCUCUCCUCUUCCUGGGUUUCUGCUUGGCUGGAGUAAAGGCUGCAGCACCCCACUGUCUUAGGCUGUGUGCUUCUCUCAGGUUGCCCUCCAGAAUGUUUACUUUGCAGCCCUGGGGUAAUGUGUGUGCCCACGUGCCCAGGCAAGGGCUGGGAUGUGUAUCACGUGCCUGCCACCAGCUUCUCCCUGUUUACAACCUGACAUGGGCAAUCUGUGCUGCCUUUAUUGUUGCUGUCUCUGGAGAGUCUCCAGAGGGCAAGAGGGUAGAGACCUCUGUCUUUACCAUGUUGGACUUUGAUUCUAGAAUUUCAAAGCUGACUGACUGGCAUAGUUGUACCUGACAAGGAGAGGUAGGGGGAGAGAAGGCAGAGGAGCAGGGACAUAAGUUGGGAAAUUCCUUUUUAAAGAAUCAUUUUUUAUUUUA